CUUUUGAUCACUUCAGUGCACGAUCGCUGAAUUAAAGUAUUCAUUUCUUUCAAAUUUCUUUCAACAGUAGAAUACAUAUUUACAGUAUCAGUAUUCAGUGCUUGGUGUUGAUCUGAUUCUCUAUAGUACAUGUCAAAAUGUAGCCUUUUCAAUACAAACACAACAAGAGAGAAAGAAAAAUAGAAUGUGUUGGAUUCUAUGUAAAACAAAAGUAAAUUUGAUGUUUUUCUUUGCAGGGAUCUAUGUAUGUUUAGGGAUUUUAUCCACUCUCACUCUGGUAUGUCUGUUCUUGGUUAUUAAGAGGAGGAGGACAAAACAUUUUAAUGAAGAAAUUCAAAAACGUAAUGGAGCAGUUCGGGAAAGUCUGUCCAUAAAGGGCAUCAAGGGAUAUGAACAGUCCGUCUCAUACAACAUAAUCAAAGAAAGCGAUAAUAGCGAUCACUUGACUGGAUCGGCGUAUCUGUUAGCUCCUGAGAUCCAGGGUGCACCUUUGAAAACUGUGCUGAACAACCUGGAUGUUCUGGAGGAGCUUGUGCUGGUUUUAGACCCGGACAUCUCUGGUGCAAAAAAUACACGUCACAUUGCCGCCCAGUGCUCUUUUUCCUUUGCCUGGAUCAAUUAUGCAUAUUCCAUGAAGGACCACAAAAGUCCCCUUGUCACCGUUUUGGAGGGUGUCGUCACCAAGAACCCAGAAUGGACCGUCGGCCACCUUGCUAAGCUGUUAACCGCUAUCGGUCGCAACGAUGCCGUGGAGAUUUUGGCAAAGCUCCCAGCUGGUGUCGAAGAAUAACUAAUGUGGUAUUGGAAGAAAACAACGCAGUAUUAAACUUCUCUAUAUAGUGUUGUUCAA